AUGAAGUCUCCUCCAGAGAAGAAGGUGACCGGCAAGACCAAAUCACUGUUGGGUGGGAAGGCUGGUGCAGCUGCUCCUAAGCUAGAGGAGGUUGUGGAAGAGCCAGCACCAUCAGAGGUGAUGUAUGCCACUGAAGAGCCACUAUCGAAAGCUGAAGAAGAUGCGAGUAAGGAGGAGGUGAAGGAGGACGAAGAGCCAAAGGCUGAAGCUGUCCAGUAUGCGAAGGCCAAAGCUAUCCUAGAUGCGAAGGCCAAAGCUGUCACGUAUGCGAAGGCCAGAGCAGUCCCAGAUGCCAAGGAUGAAUCAGAGAGCAAUCUAGUCAAAAAUGAGGAAAAAGAGGCUGCAGGAGACCAGCUGAUGGAGGAGGAGGUAGAGCCAGAGGGUUUCCCAGAGCCUGGUGAUGAGGAGUUUGUGGGUGGGGAGGAGGAGGCAGCAAGUAGAGAAAGAGAGGAGAUAGUGGUCGGGGAAGAAGAAAAAGAAGGUGCACAGGCGGAGGAGGACGAACAGAUUGAGAUCUCGGAUAUGGCUAGAAAGAGGAAGAUGAAAAAGGAGCAGGAGAUCUUUGUUGGGGGUUUGGACCGUGAUGCUAUGCAAGUAGAUAUUAAGAAGGCAUUUGAGAAAAUUGGGAAGGUUGUUGAGCUCUGGCUCAACAAAGAUUUUGUUACCAACAAGAACAAAGGCUUUGCAUUUGUGACGUUUUCCAACUAG